AUCGAUCCGGUGUUUGGUACCAUCUGGGCCCUGACACUCGAUUUCCUGGGAGGAGAAAUCUCUCGCUUGAAGUACCGAGGCAGUCCCGGCAGUGCCCAAAUGUUACGGCAGUUCAACGAGGCCGGCCAGAAUGUCCUAUCUGCCAUGACUACUGCGGCGUCGCGAUGUAAGAUGAUCGAGGUGCAAAUCGAGUCGACUAUGAAUCAGUUUCUCGGCGCUACCAACGCCAUAGCUUAAUCGAACAGUACUGUAU